CAUUAUGUGAUUCCUUUUCGGGCUAGGGAGCAGGGAAUAUCGUUGAUAACAUAAAUAAUCAACAAUGAGAGGAUUAUUAGCAAUCUAUCUUGUCUUUGCAACCAGCAUCUGCGACUUGACCGUGUCUCAAGUUUUCGACUUGAUUAUUAGAGACACUAAAAUCAUUGAUGGCACUGGUUCGAUUUGGUUUCGUGGCGAUAUUGCUGUAUCCGGUGGACAAAUUGCUAUCGUCGGAAAUGUCCCCGACUCUGCUUCCGCAAUCCAGAUAAUCCAAGGAAAUGGAAGUUACUUGGCGCCAGGAUUUAUCGAUUCCCACACCCACGACGACAUUUCCAUUUUGGAAUCCCCCUCUCACGAGUUUAAAGUCGUCCAAGGAGUUACCACAAUUAUCACUGGAAAUUGUGGGUUUUCGAACUACCCAGAAGGUCAACUCCAAAUAGUUCAAGACCAUCUCCGCACCCUUCUUGGGGACAUUUCUGAGCAACAUUUCUUCCACAAUUUCACCUCCUUCAAAGACACCUUAUCAACGAACGGAAUUGGAUUAAAUAUUGGGAGUUUGGUAGGACACGGACCACUACGACUUGCCAUCGUAGGCUAUGACAAUCGGGAAGCUACCCCUCAAGAAAUUCAAGAAAUGUGUAACUUGCUAGAGACUCAACUUGUUCAAGGUGCCGUUGGGCUGUCCCUGGGCCUUGUCUAUCCUCCAAGUUCUUACGCCACGAUAAACGAGCUCAUCAGUCUGGCCGCCAUUGUUAAGAAAUAUGACCGAGUGAUUUCAGCCCAUGUGAGAAGCUAUGAGGGUGGAUUGCUCUUAAGCAUCGAAGAAUUUCUUACCGUCCUGCGCCUCAGUGGGGCCCGAGGUCUCCUAAGUCAUCUCCAAGCGGCAGGAACGCCUUAUUGGAACACCUCUAUCCCACAAGCUCUCGAACUUUUGGAAAAGGCUAGAUCCGAGGAAGGAAUUGACAUUGCAGUUGACAUGUAUCCAUACCUGGCCGGCAGCUCCACGAUUUUGCAACUUCUUCCGCCCUCCUCAAUGUCGGGCGGAUUUGAUGAGUUGCUGAGAAAUAUGCAAAAUGCGACUUAUCUCGAGUACCUCAAGAACAUGACGGAAGGGGGACGAGAACCUGGCUGGGAGAGUAAAGUUGCCCUCAUUGGCUAUGUCAAUAUCAUGAUUGGAUCAGUCGUCAAUCAGAACCUGACCGAAUUUGAGGGGCUGUCCAUUGUCGAAGGUGCAGCAGUCAUGCAAAUUACCGAAUUUGAAUUUCUCGUCCACAUCAUCACUUUAGACCACGGGAUGACCAAUGUGAUCAUGUUUCAGCAGCAUCAGCCAGAUAACUACUUGGUGUUUCAGUCACGAUUACAGAUGAUUGGGAGUGACUCGAUUCCUCGCUCUGGUGGAGGCAAACCACACCCUCGAGGAUUCGGAACUUUCCCCCGAGUUCUGGGCAGAUAUGCGAAACAGGAUGGCGUCAUGAGUUUGGAAGAAGCCGUCAGAAAAUCCUCGUCCGCCACAGCGAGCCGUUUCGGAAUACAUGACCGAGGUGUACUCCGAGUUGGCAUGAAGGCAGAUUUGGUCCUAUUUUCAGAAGAGAUUUUGGACCAUGCAACUUUCGAAGAGCCAACCCUCGCACCCUCAGGAAUUCAGGGCGUUUGGGUUAACGGGAUUCGAGUGGUGGAUCAAGACGGGGGGUUAAUUGGAGAAAAUGUGCUUCCCGGUGAAGUGGUCACCAUUCAGGAUCAGUGGUCCGUGUAUCAAGAUUUCAUUUUAAAAUUCCAGUCAUUUUUAUUACAAACUUUUCCCUCCAUGACUCAGUAAUACGGAUUGAAAGCCAGCAACAUUUUAAAAUACAACAUAAAACAAUUGCAACAAUUUAUGCGCAUUAAACGUUUAACUUUAAUUUGGCCUGCAUAAAUUAAAUAAAUUUAAACGAUAACCUA